AUGGAGGUUGAAGGCGGCGACCGGAAGUCGCUCCCGGAGAGGAAGCAGGCUUCCUAUCGAUCCUUCGUAACCCCCGCGUCCACUCAAUCGCUGCCUCCUUCGUCUGCCUUCUUCUGUCGGGUUGCGUCUCAGGGUUCUCCGUUUUUGCUUCCAGGACGACCAUUUCGUGAUCAGGAAUGAGAAAUACAAGGGGCAGCAGUACAGCCAAAUCUACUUCAUGCGGCUGCACAACAUGAGGAGCCUCAUGUACUCACUGGUUCCCAAGUGGAAACCUAACGUGCCUGGUGAGCCUCGUCCAACUUCUCUAGUUGCUUUCUUAUAGCUCAUGUAAUCUAUGGUUCCAAAGUUUGAACCCUACACUGGACUUUGGAAUGUAUUCUGUUGGAUUCGCCUUUGGAAUGAACUAGAACAAUUUGACGCAUGGGUCUGGUGCUCCGGAAUCUGCGUUCAACUGGGUUUGAACAGUAGUUGGCUGAGGCUUUACUGAAUUUGUAGUUGGAGGGAUGGAAAGCCAUUAAAUGCUUGGUAAACUGACUGGCGUUGGGUAAACCCCAGGGAGUGUAUGAACCAUUGAUACUCCUCUCACCAUUUCAGCCCCAAGCUGGUUCGAAUGCACAGUCCCUACUCUGUGGGACUUGUCAUAAAAUAAAAAUAAACCUUCCAAAUAAAUAAUUUUUGCAUGUCCGAAUUUAGAGUAAUUUCUAACGAAAAUAUGCCCGCUUUGAAGUUCUGAUCUGUAGCUCCACAUACUGUCUAUUAGGUGAAGAACAAAUGGCUUCUGUUGUUUCUCUUUCAGAAGGGGAAAAAAAAAAAAAAACUUCCUGCAGUUUCAAGAGUUCUAAAGAGGUUUCCAGUUAUUAACCCAGGGUUCAUACUUUGUGAUGCAGUUUGUACAGUUUUGGGUCUCGAGGAAGGCAAGGAGUGCGUCAUAGUUGGAACCAUAUACAAGCACAUGAAGCUCAAACCUUCAAUUCUCGAUGAAUACUCCAAGGAGGUUCUCUGCAUGACAUCCAAUCGAGAUUUUAUACGCAUUGUUUCGCUUCGUUGAUACAUGUUUAGUAACUUUAUUAUUCCCAUCCUUGUCUUUUCAUUUUUGCAGAGAUCUGUCAUUCCUCUUGUAAAGCCUCACAAUUUUGUGCAUCCAGACGAUCACCUUAUUCUGGAAGAUGAGAGUGGAAGGGUCAAACUUGCAGGGUCUAUGCUUGCACCUUCUGGGUUUGUGACAGGUCAAGUAUCCUAACUUAUCAGAUUUAAAGACGACGGAUAGAGUUUUCUUUGAGUUUCUGCCUUGGGGGAGCUCUUUGCUGUGAAUCCAUGGUUCCCCUUCGUUGUCUAGAUACUAUCAACCUUCAUAACUAGGCUGUGACCAUCGUCGUUUAGAAUGGAAAGCAUGGUAAGUAUCUCACAGUACGGUGUCUGUGGCAGGAAUUGUCAUGGCCCUUCAUGGAAAGGAAACAAGUGAUGGUGCAUUUUUCGUUCAAGAUGUUCUUGUAGCUGAUCUGCCACCACAAGUACAGCGUCCACUCAGCUCAGGUAACACAGCGCUUAAUAUCUUUAUUAUAUAUCGUCAAUUUUUUUCUCUCAUUUUCAUAUAUUUUCCUAUGAUCAUCCAUUUUUGGGUACUUAAAACGUCAUAAUAUUCAUGUUAACCAAGAAUAUAGUUUUUCUUUCUACUUGUGCUUAAUCUUCUAUUUGUUAUAUCAUUAAAAUAUAUUUCUGCUGAAUCAAUAUAAAUUAGUUCAAGAGUUGUUAUGUGGAACAACGUUACGGCUGCUUUGUAGAAUGGUUGAGGGCAAUUAGGCAAUUAGAACCUGACAUUCAUUCCGUUUUGACCUUCUCCUUUGGGAAUGACAAAUAGCCGUUUCAUUGAUGCUUAAAUCUGCAUGAUCCGGGUCGCACCUCAGAAGACAAAUAUGUAGUUUUCAUAUCGGGACUCACUGUUGGUGGAAGCUCGUUCAAUCCUCUCCAGUUUCAACUUCUCGUUGACCACAUAAGUGGCCAUUUAGGCGAUGACGAGGUGUGCACUCUGUCUGUUGCCCCCCCCUCUUAACAUGGCUACAACCUUUACUCUGGACCGUAGAACAGUCAUAGAUAUGCUGGGGUUUCUUGAUAGGAGCAACACAUGGCAUCAAGAAUCGUUCGGGUUGUGAUCGCUGGGAAUUCUGUUGAAGUUCCAAGAGGCGUCCUCACUGGUCAGGUAGCAUAUCCUCUCUCCGUUGACCUUUAUAUUAUUUUUGAUGCGUCAUCAAUUGAAUUGGGUGCCCAUAUUAAAUAUAGGUUAUUGGAUUCUGCAGGUGGUGGCUCCAAAAGAACAAUCCAGAGUCUUUGAGCCAAUCAAAGAGCUUGAUAUGUCGUUGACCCAGGUUCUUUUCUGCUACAAUCACGCUGGGUUUUAUUCUUGCUGAACAGAUUUAAAAAAAAAAAUUCAUAUUUUUCCUAUUUCUCUGAGAAAUUACUGAAUUUUUAUAUUGCAUUCGACCCAGUUUCGAAAAAAAGAAGAAGAUAUUUUUUGUUAGCUGCGCGAUUCUGUUCUGUGCAGCUUGCAGCAUCAGUAUCUGUGGAUAUCAUGCCCGGGGCAAAUGACCCUGCAAAUUUUUCCUUACCUCAGCAGGUCCUAAUUUCCUAUUUCAGAAAUCUAAUUAUAUAUUAUUAAUAUUAUUAUUGUAAUUUUAAUUUUUUGCAAAUAUUCGUUUAGUUUAUGCAUCACUUCUGUGAACAUUUAAUCCCACACACUUCUUCUCUUGCUUUCCUUCCAGCCCCUGAAUCGGUGCCUUUUUCCUGGAGCUUCUCUUUACAACACUUUCACGUCAUGCACCAAUCCUCAUAUAUUUGAGCUCGACGGUGUCUGGUAAAUGGAUGAAUUUUCCUAAAAAAUGAACCCUAUCAUUGUUUAAUAUUACGAAUGGAGGAUAAAUAAAACCAUUUUUUUUAUUUAUGGAACAAUUUUUUUUUAUCAUUCAUAUGCUGAGAAAUAAAUAUUUUCUAUGCAAGCUCCAGAAGAAAUUAUUAGUAAUGUUGAAGAUGAUGCCCAUGUGAAUUUCUUUUUUAGGUUCCUUGGGACAUCUGGUCAAAACAUAGAUGAUCUUGAUAAGUAUUCUGAUGCCAAAGAUAGGCUGGAGUUUCUGGAGAGGACGUUAAGAUGGAGGCAUCUGGCACCAACGGCUCCAAACACUCUCGGCAAGUCAACUCUUUGUGUCAUUUUCUCGUUUUUUUGACUUGGGUUUUCCUUGCUCCCGUCUUUUUUUUUUUUUGGCUUUGACUGUGCCGUUGACUUCCAGGAUGCUACCCCUUCACCGAUAGGGAUCCUUUCCUCAUAGAGAGAUGCCCGCACGUCUACUUUUGUGGUAAUCAAGAUAAAUACGAAACCCAAGUGAUAGAAGGUACGGAAAGCAUCUAUAUCUGGAUAAUCUGGCUUCAGAUUCAUUGACUUUUGUUUAGAACAUUCUAUUUAUAGCAUUCUUUUGCUGUAUGACUUGGGAGGCUCUGAUCCAUUUGUUCUUCUUUCCAGGAUCCGAGGGCCAACUAGUUAGACUCAUCUGCAUUCCCAGAUUUUGCGAGACCGGAACCGCCAUUGUGGUAUGGAUCUUAUAUAAGAUCGUUUUAUUAAUUAGCAAACUUACAUAAUUUCAGAAUAAUAUUAGCUGUCCAUUUAUUUCAUAAAAAAUAAAUUCCAGAUAUUAAAGCCACCCUCCGAUUUCUGCAGCUUAACAUCAGGACUCUCGGCUGCCACACUCUUUGUUUGUCUACGAAUUUUGACCUCUAA